AGUGGUGUCGAGCGACGAGCCGCAAGAAUCGAGCUGGGUGAGGGGCGGCGGAGUGGCGGCGCAGCCUCGGUAGGAGACAUGAGUUUGGCCGGGGGCCGCGCCCCCCGGAAGACGGCUGGGAACCGGCUCUCUGGGCUCCUGGAGGCGGAGGAGGAAGAUGAAUUCUACCAGACGACUUAUGGGGGUUUCACCGAGGAAUCUGGAGAUGAUGAGUAUCAAGGGGAUCAGUCAGACACAGAGGAUGAGGUGGACUCUGACUUUGACAUUGAUGAAGGAGAUGAACCAUCCAGUGAUGGAGAAGCCGAAGAGCCAAGAAGAAAGCGCCGAAUAGUCACCAAAGCCUAUAAGGAGCCUCUAAAAAGCCUGAGGCCUCGAAAGGUCAGCACCCCCGCUAGUAGCUCCCAGAAGGCCCGAGAAGAGAAGGCUCUGCUGCCACUAGAACUACAGGAUGAUGGCUCUGACAGUCGGAAAUCCAUGCGUCAGUCCACAGCUGAGCAUACACGGCAAACGUUCCUUCGGGUACAGGAGAGGCAAGGCCAGUCCCGGCGGCGAAAGGGGCCUCAUUUUGAGCGACCACUGACCCAAGAAGAGCUACUCAGGGAGGCCAAGAUCACAGAAGAGCUCAACCUACGUUCACUGGAGACAUAUGAGAGGCUUGAGGCUGACAAAAAGAAACAGGUUCAUAAGAAACGCAAGUGUCCGGGGCCCAUAAUCACCUAUCAUUCUGUGACGGUGCCACUUGUUGGGGAGCCAGGCCCCAAAGACGAGAAUGUGGAUGUAGAGGGACUCGAUCCAGUUCCUACAGCUUCUGCAUUGACUCCGCAUGCUGGGAGUGGACCUGUCAUCCCUCCUGCUCGCUGCUCACGUACCUUCAUCACAUUUAGUGAUGAUGCCACAUUUGAAGAGUGGUUCCCCCAAGGGCGACCCCCAAAGGUCCCAGUUCGGGAGGUUUGCCCAGUGACCCACCGUCCAGCCCUAUACCGGGACCCUGUAACAGACAUACCCUACGCCACUGCUCGAGCCUUCAAGAUCAUACGCGAAGCUUACAAGAAGUAUAUCACCGCCCACGGACUACCUCCCACUGCCUCGGCUCUGGGGCCCGGUCCCCCUCCUCCUGAGCCCCUCCCUGGUUCUGGGCCCCGAGCCUUACGGCAGAAAAUUGUCAUUAAAUGAACAGAUGUCUAGUCCUUAGAAACCUCUUUCCUGCCCUACCCUGGGGCUCUUGACUUUUCUCCUUCCCUUCCUUUGUUUCUCUCCUUCAUCAUCUCUGAUAUUUGCUUAGUCCUCUCCUGAGUCCUUUCAUCACCUUUCCUCUAGUAAUUUCUGGUUUUGUUUUUUAAUCUAAUAAAACAGAAAGAUUUA